AUGGCUUCUUUAGGUAUACGGAGCUUGACCUCAGCAUCCAAGUUCUCAAAAGUUACACGACACAGUCGACUCUUCUCCACUUCAAGACCUCAUGCUCGAAUCAUAGCCAAUCAACCGCUUCGAGCCAAAGAGGCAUCCCCAUUCAUCAACAACAAGUACCCAAUAAUAGACCAUGAGUAUGACGCCCUUGUUGUGGGCGCUGGUGGCUCCGGUCUGCGAGCAGCCUUUGGCCUGGCCGAGGCAGGCUUCAACACGGCAUGCAUAUCGAAAUUGUUCCCCACGAGAAGCCACACCGUAGCUGCACAGGGCGGCAUCAAUGCAGCGUUGGGAAAUAUGCACGAGGACGAUUGGAGGUGGCACAUGUACGAUACCGUCAAGGGUUCAGACUGGCUGGGCGAUCAAGAUGCGAUACACUACAUGACAAGGGAGGCGCCCGCAAGUGUCAUUGAAUUAGAAAACUAUGGCUGCCCUUUCUCAAGAACAGACGAGGGUAAAAUCUACCAACGAGCCUUCGGUGGUCAAUCGCAGAAGUUCGGAAAAGGAGGGCAAGCAUACCGAUGCUGCGCUGCAGCUGAUCGAACUGGCCAUGCCCUCCUUCACACUCUAUACGGCCAGUCACUAAGGCACAAUACCAAUUACUUUAUAGAAUACUUCGCGCUGGAUCUGAUCAUGGAAGAUGGCGAAUGCAAGGGCGUGAUUGCAUACAAUCAAGAAGACGGCACAUUGCACAGGUUCCGCUCACAUAAUACCGUCCUCGCAACCGGAGGUUAUGGAAGAGCAUACUUCAGCUGCACAUCAGCCCACACCUGCACAGGAGACGGGAUGGCAAUGGUAGCUCGUGCUGGUUUACCAAACCAGGAUCUGGAAUUUGUCCAAUUUCACCCGACCGGUAUCUAUGGUGCUGGAUGUCUGAUCACCGAAGGAUCUCGUGGCGAGGGAGGCUACCUCCUUAACUCCGAAGGUGAGCGAUUCAUGGAACGUUAUGCACCAACAGCCAAAGAUCUCGCAUCACGAGACGUAGUCUCAAGAUCGAUGACCAUGGAGAUCCGGGAAGGCCGUGGCGUCGGCCCUGACAAAGACCACAUCUACCUGCAGCUCUCGCAUUUGCCGCCGGAGGUCCUCCAUGAGCGUCUCCCUGGUAUCUCCGAAACCGCUAGCAUUUUCUCCGGCGUCGACGUCCGCAAGCAGCCGAUUCCCGUCCUUCCUACCGUCCAUUACAACAUGGGCGGUAUUCCAACCAAGUACACUGGGGAAGUCAUCACUGUUGAUGAGCAGGGCAAUGACCAAGUCGUCCCUGGCCUCUUCGCUUGCGGAGAAGCCGCCUGCGUUUCCGUCCACGGCGCCAAUCGUCUCGGUGCCAACUCCCUCCUCGAUCUCAUCGUUUUCGGCCGAGCAGUCAGCCACACUGUCCGGGACAAUUUCUCCCCAGGUAUGCCACACAAAGAAAUCCGCGCGGACGCUGGUGCCGACACCAUCAGCAUGCUCGACAAAGUUCGAACCGCAUCAGGCCCUAAAUCAACACACGAAAUCCGCAGUGCAAUGCAGAAGGUGAUGCAGACUGACGUGUCCGUGUUCCGUACGCAAGAAUCGCUCGACGAGGGUAGCAAGCGUAUCAAGGACGUUGACCAAUCAUUUGCGCAGCUCGGCACUAAAGAUCGCAGUAUGAUCUGGAACAGCGACCUCGUUGAAUCUCUCGAACUUCGGAACCUUUUGACUUGUGCUGUGCAAACGGCAGACUCGGCUGCUAACAGGAAGGAGUCGAGGGGUGCACAUGCGAGAGAGGAUUUCCCGGAUAGAGACGACAAAAAUUGGAUGAAGCAUACUCUGAGUUUCCAGAAGGAACCCCAAGGGAAGGUGGAGCUGGGGUAUAGGCAGGUCAUCGGGCAUACAUUGGAUGAGGCGGAAUGCAAGGCAGUACCGCCCUUCAAGCGUACGUACUAA